AUGCCUGCAACUGUUGGUCACUCCCAUAGGAGCACCACUAAGGUGGCGCACAAGUCUUUCAAGGCGCGCAAAUCCACCAAAGGUGCCCUGAAGGAGAUUAUGAAGGGCAAGGUCCAAGAUGGAUCCUCAGCUCGGAAAACUCCUCACCAGCAACUUAUGUCGAAAUUAGACCGACGAAACCAGGCCCGCCAGAAGCAACUCACCAAGCACAAGGAACACCUGAGAGACAGCAGCGUAUUCAAUGGCCGCGAGGGCGCACCGAGAAUAAUUGCGGUUGUACCGCUCUGCGAAGAUGCAGAUGCCGCCAAAGCCGUGGAGAAGCUGAACGGAAGCCUGGAUGUCGAAGCGGAGGUUCCAGAGGAGGGCAUCUGUCGCACGAACAUCGAUCGGUUCAAGCAGAAGAUCCAAUAUAUUGUUCUGAAGAGGGACUUGGCGGCUUGCAUGGACGCCUGCAGAAUCGCGGAUUUUGUCAUGGUUAUCUUGUCGCCAGAGCAGGAGGUGGAUGAUCUAGGAGAGCUUAUUCUACGAAGUAUCGAAAGCCAGGGACUCUCGACACUAUUCUCUGUUGUGCAAAACCUGGACACCAUCGAGCCACCCAAGCGCCGCGGCCAGGUUCAAGGAUCCUUGAAAUCAUACAUCACCCAUUUCCACCCCGAGCAGGAGAAGGUUCACAGCUUAGACUCAAGGCAAGAGUGCGCCAACUUGAUGCGAUCCCUAUGCACCACAUCACCAAAGGGUGUGAGGUGGCGCGAAGAUAGGAGUUGGAUGCUGGUUGAGGACGCACAAUGGCCGGAAGUCGAUGGCGAGAAUGUUGUACUCACCGGUAUUGUACGUGGCAAGGGACUCAAGGCCGACAGACUCGUUCAGGUUGGCGACUGGGGCUCUUUCCAGAUUGAGAAGAUUGUCGCAGCCCCUCUUGCAGCGAAGAAAAGCCAUACUAAGACGGACGAUAUGGCUGUGGAUGCGGAGGCAUCAGAGGCGGAGAACGUCUUGGAUACACCAACAGAAGAGCAGGAUGACCUUGACGAACUAGCCCCUGAGGAAGUUAUGAUGGACGACAUUGACAUUGAUACCGGAGUAUCUGUCGCGGGAACCGAAAAGCGAGGUGUGCUACUUGAUGAUCAUCACUAUUUCUCAGACGAUGAGACACAUUUGCCAGCUGCUCCAAAGCGCCUUCCAAAGGGUACAUCGAAUUACCAAGCUGCUUGGUACUUGGGCUACGAUGGAUCCGAGGACUCUGAUUUCGAGGACGUCGAGGAAGAGGAUACGGCUAUGGAGACCCAGGCUUUACCACAGGAUGGUGUUGAGGGAAUGGCUCCACGUGAGCCAACAGAGUACGCCGCAUCAGAAUACCCCCAGUCGGAGCUGUUCUUGGACAGGUCAGCAGAGCAGGAAGCAGAGCAAAUCGCUGCCUUCAGAAAGAGCAAGGUCAACGAAGCAGACGAGGACGCUGAAUUCCCAGAUGAGAUUGAGCUCCAGCCUCAAGUUCUAGCUCGCGAGCGUUUGGCUAGAUAUCGUGGACUCAAGAGCUUACGGACCAGUCACUGGGAGGAAGAUGAAGAUAGAGUCCACGAGCCAGAGGAUUGGAGGAGGCUUCUGCAAAUACAAGAUUACAACUCAUCGAAGGCUCGUGUUACUCGCGAGGGCCUCGUUGGUGGUGUCCCGGCUGGUACACGCGUCCACGUGUACCUGCGCAACGUUCCCCUGAGCCUCCGCGAGUCGUUCAAGGCUUCCAAGCCAGCGACCAUGUUCUCAUUACUGCGCCACGAGUACAAGCGGGCAGUGUUGAACUUCAAGAUCACGCUCAGCUCAGACUACCCCGAGCCCAUCCGCUCAAAGCAAGAGAUGAUCAUGCAAGUUGGACCAAGGAGAUUCGUCAUCAACCCAGUCUUCUCUCAAGCUGGAAACCCCCAGAACAACGUCCACAAGUUCGAUCGCUUCCUGCACCCAGGUCGCUCGGCUGUGGCGUCCUUCAUUGGACCACUCACCUGGGGCUCCGUUCCUGCGUUAUUCUUUACUCGCCCGUCGGCAGAGGCUUUGGCUUCUGAUCCUAAGGCAGCAGAGAUGCCACUCAUUCUCAUUGGAACGGGCACAUCUCUUCCCCCAUCCUCCUCCCGCGUCGUCGCCAAGCGCAUCAUCCUUACUGGCCACCCCUUCAAGAUCCACAAGAAGCUCGUUACCAUCCGCUACAUGUUCUUCAACCGCGAAGACGUGGAGUGGUUCAAGGCCCUACAAUUAUGGACCAAGCGUGGCCGCAGUGGAUAUAUCAAGGAGGCGCUUGGUACGCACGGAUACUUCAAGGCUACAUUCGAUGGCAAGAUCAACCCCCAGGAUUCCGUGGGAGUCAGUCUGUACAAGCGCGUCUGGCCGAGGAACGCGAGGGUGUGGAAGGGAGUUGACGAGGAGGUGCCUAGCCUGGUGGAGGAUUUGGAGGGCAUGGAAUUGCAGGAUGCGGAUAUGGAUGGUGGUGUUGCGAUUUAG